GAGAAAGGAAGUAGCGACAGGCUAGCUGGUUAGCCGGUCAGAAACCUCUCAGUCUGGCUGGGAAAGAAUGGACUUUUGAGCCUUUCUUAUCCCAGAGGCUGCUCCUCUUUAUUCAGUCAACGCCUGUAUAAGUAAGCUACAGUUUCUCGUCGGUGGGUUUUUAUAUUUUCUCCGCACCAGUUUCAAACCUUCAGAAAUGAGUCAACCCUGAUCUUUGUCUCUGUGGAGGGACUCCGCCGCUGUUAGCCUGCGUGAUACAAAGUCAGUCUCUUCAAAGGAGCAAAGAAACAAGAGACGGAAAAGCUGUGAGCAGACUUUUAUGUGUUUUAUCCCUUGGUUGAAUCGCGGGGAAUGCAGUUAAGGAUUACUCCAAGACAAUGAGAAAAACAGCCGGGAAAGGUGCUGUGUGGUGAGAGGGAGGCAGUGGGUGCGGCAUGCUGAGGCCACUCCCCCGGGCUCAGGAUGAGUGUUAGAGAUGGCGCUGCCAACAAGGCAACGAACGCAUGUGGAGGAGGGGGGGGAGGUGGGCCAGCUAGCCCAAACGAUCAUGAUGGCCGCUCAUACAUGCUCCAGAUCUACCCACGGCUGGCUACCCAGGCUGCCACCUGCUGCAAUCUUAAAGUGCAGAAGGAUGCAACAGCAGCCUCAGUGAUCUCGGAUGCUGCCUCGGCACUGGGGCUGGACCCUGGCCACCUGUAUGUGCUGGCAGAGGUGAAGGAAUGUGGCGGGGAAGAGUGGGUGCUGGAGGCCGGAGACAUGCCAGUUCAGAGGUUUCUGCUAUGGCCUCGGAAAGCCCAGGAGAAGCACCCUCAGAGCCUUGGCUUUUACUUCUUACUACAGGAGAGGAACCAUGAUGGCACUAUCCGUUAUGUCCACCUCCCGCUCCUGUCCAAGGAACAGGAGGCACAGCGGCUAGCCGCCAGGGGCUUCCUUCCCCCUCCACAAGACGACUUUGCAGACCUCUGCAACCUCCCCGUCCUCAAUGAGGACAGCAUAUUAAACAACCUGCGCACACGCUUCCACAAGAAAAAGAUCUACACCUAUGCAGGCAGCAUCCUCAUCGCCAUCAACCCCUUCAAGUUCCUGCCCAUCUACAACCCUAAAUAUGUCAAGAUGUACGAGAACCACCAGCUGGGCAAACUGGAGCCUCAUAUCUUUGCUAUCGCAGAUGUGGCGUACUACGCCAUGCUCAGGAAGAGGGUCAACCAGUGCAUUGUCAUCUCUGGAGAGAGUGGCUCAGGCAAGACGCAGAGUACCAACUUCCUGAUCCACUGUUUGACUGCACUCAGCCAGAAGGGCUAUGCCAGUGGUGUAGAGAGGACCAUACUGGGCGCUGGACCAGUUCUGGAGGCCUUCGGAAACGCCAAGACAGCCCACAACAACAACUCUAGCCGCUUUGGUAAAUUCAUCCAGGUUAAUUACCUGGAGAGUGGAGUGGUCCGAGGAGCUGUGGUGGAGAAGUAUCUCCUGGAGAAGUCUCGUCUGGUCUCCCGGGAGAAGAAUGAGAGGAACUACCACGUUUUUUACUAUCUGUUGUUGGGAGCUUCAGAUGGGGAGAGGAAGGAAUUUAAGUUGCUGCCACCUGAAGAAUACUUCUACCUCAAGCAGCACAACUUUAAGAUAGAAGAUGAGGAGGAUCUGCAUCAUGAAUUUGAAAGGCUUCAGCAGGCAAUGGAGAUGGUUGGCUUCCUUCCAGCCACCAAGAAACAGAUCUUUUCUGUGCUUUCGGCCAUCCUGUAUCUGGGCAACGUGACCUACAGGAGGAAGUCAACAGGCCGAGAUGAAGGUUUGGAUGUUGGGCCGCCGGAGGUCCUGGCCACUCUCUCUGACCUGCUAAAGGUCAAAGAGGAGUUGCUGGUUGAAGCGCUGACCAAAAGGAAAACAGUGACAGUCAAUGACAAGCUGAUCCUCCCGUACAGCCAACCUGAGGCUAUCACAGCCAGAGAUUCCAUGGCUAAAUCUCUGUACAGUGCCCUGUUUGACUGGAUCGUCCUACGCAUCAAUCACGCACUGCUAAACAAGAAAGACAUGGAGGAAUCUGUCCCAUGCUUGUCCAUUGGUGUCCUGGACAUUUUUGGCUUUGAAGACUUUGAGACCAACAGCUUUGAACAGUUCUGUAUCAACUACGCAAACGAGCAGCUGCAGUAUUAUUUCAACCAUCACAUCUUCAAUCUGGAGCAGGAGGAGUACCAAGCAGAGGGAAUCACCUGGCACAACAUCGAUUACAUAGACAAUGUGGGCUGUAUUCAUCUCAUCAGCAAGAAGCCCACUGGCCUGCUCUACCUGUUGGAUGAAGAGAGCAACUUUCCCCAUGCCACAGAUGAGACAUUGUUGGCCAAAUUCAAGCAGCAACACCGGGGAAACAAAUACUUUGUGCCCACACCAGUCAUGGAGCCUGCCUUCGUCAUUCGACACUUUGCUGGGAAAGUCAAAUAUCAAGUCAAGGAUUUCCGUGAGAAAAACACAGACCACAUGCGUCCAGACAUUGUGGCGUUGUUGCGGAGCAGCGACAGCGCUUAUGUUCGGCAGCUCAUUGGCAUGGACCCUGUGGCAAUGUUUCGCUGGGGCAUCCUGCGCGCUACCGUUAGAGGCAUCGCAGCUUUCAACGAGGCUGGACGCUCCUGGGCCUCUAAGAGUUCAGGUGUUGUCCGUCCAAUCUCCAGAACUCCUUUAGGAGAGCUUCAACGGUCCAAUGCCCCAAUAGAAAGAAUGUACAAAGACAUGCAUGCACAGAUCAUCAGCUCCAUUAAGAACUUGCAGCUGGAUGGUGAGGACCCUCGCAAGCUGCUGCAGUCCUGGGGUCGCCUCCGUUUCCCUCGACACGUCCUCCAGAAAAACAAGAGCAUCAAACAGAGGCAGAUCAUCCCUAAGAAUUUGAUAGAUUCUCGGUCUCUGAAGUUCAUUGUGAGCUUGACACUGCACGAUCGCACUACCAAGUCGCUGCUCCAUCUGCACAAGAAGAAGAAACCCCCCAGCAUCAGUGCCCAGUUCCAGACCUCUCUGACCAAACUCUUGGAAACUCUGAACAGAGCAGAGCCUUUCUUCAUUCGGUGCAUCCGCUCCAAUGCCGAGAAGAAGGAGAUGUAUCUGGAUGAGGCCUUGGUGGUUCAGCAGCUUUGUUAUACAGGAAUGCUGGAAACUGUUCGCAUCAGGAGGUCAGGCUACGGAGCCAAGUACACAUUCCAGGAGUUUUUAGAGCAUUUCAGGGCUCUGCUGCCAAAGAACUCCAUUGCCUCCAGGGAGGACAUCUUAGCACUGCUUGAGAAGAAGAUGGGCCUGGACCCCACCACAUACCAGAUAGGCAAAACUAAGGUGUUCUUGAAAGAGCUGGAGCGACAGCAUCUGCAGGACUCGUUGCACAAAGAUGUAAUGCGUAAGAUCAUCUUCCUUCAGCGCUGGUUCAGAGGUCGCCUGCAGAGGAAAGAGUUUCUGGACAUGAAACAGGCUGCCGUCUUGAUCCAGCGUAAAUGGCGCAGGUACUGGAAGCUACGGGCUGCCACGAUAAUCCAGGCUGCUUGGAGAGGCCACAGACAGAGAUCAGAGUUCCACCGCCAAAGACAGGGUGCCACUAAAAUACAAGCCCUGGUCAGAGGCCACUCAGCACGCAGGAGGGUCAACUCCAUACGUGAGGAGAAACAGAAAAAGGAGGACGAGGCAAAAGAAGCUCAGAGGAGGGUAGAAGAAGAAGAAAGAAGGAGGAUUGAAGAGGAGGAGGAAGCAAGGAGGAGGAUGGAAGAAGAAGAAGUAAGAAGAAAGGCAGAAGAGGAGGAGGCAAGGAGGAGAGCAGAAGAGGAGGAGGCAGCCAGGAAAGCGCAGGAAGCUAUGGCUGAAGCAGCAGCACAGAAACAGAGAGAGGAAGAAGAGAAAAGACGAGCAACAGAGCCUCAAACAAGAGAGGAUCCGGAUAUAGAGCUGGUCACAGAAGAGAUGCUGGAUGACAACCUUCCAGUCCAGGAGAGAGGAGAGGAGGACAGAGAGAUCACAGUAAGCUCACAUCCAGACGAGGAACAGGGCAAGGAUGAUGAGGAUGAUGAUGAAUCGCUUGAAGCAGAUGAAGAGUGUGGAUCUCCCACUUCUGAUUUAGAGACCAACGGUUCCCCGGCUGGGGCUGGACCUCAGCUGCACGAGAAAGAAGAGGACGAUUCGGAGAACCAAACACUAGAAAAGUCAAAUACAAAACCUGGUCUGCCCUCCGAUGGGGCCGACUCAGAUGCACUUACAACCAUAUCCCCAGGUCAGCAGGGGGAUAAACAGGCUCCCGGCACUACCUCCACAACUCCCCAUGCUGACCAGAAGAGAGCACAACCCCCAGUUAAGGGCCAGACAUCCAGGAGCCAGGAGAAGAGGGAGCAGAGGAGACGAAGAGGGCUAGAGCACAACCAGAGAGAGAGUGAACGAGCUGCCUCGACCACCUCCUCCUCCUCCUCCUCAGAUGUUAGCAAGGAGCAAACGUCACCACCGAAGAGCAAAAGCCAGGAGACAAAGCUAAAAGAACGGGCGGACAGCAAGGAGCUUGACCAGUACACUUUUGUGGCCUGGAAAAUGAAGGACGACAAAGGAGGGAAGAAGGAGGCCAAAACUUCUCCUCCCUCUGCUGGUCCUGUUCGUCCAUCCACAUUAUCCUUGCAGCCUGCCGACUCUGUGCCCGAGAGAAACGGCCUGGGAGAGGGCGCCGGAGCAGUAAACUUGCAGCGCCGGCCUGGUGCAAUAAAGGAGAAGCCAGAGAAGUGGAGAGGCAGGAGGAGUGAUGGAGACCAGUCUGAAAACAGCCCUCCUCCACCUCACAACAGAGAGGAAAGGAGGACAAAACACUCACUGAGUGAGACAGCAUCCUCAUCAGUUGACAGUUUGUCUCCAGGCUCUGAGGGUGCUGGUGCUUUUUCAUCCAGAGAGACGACUUCAUACCCAGAAAGCCAAGCUGAGUCCUCCAAGGGCUCCCUCCGAAGAAGACACCAUGAUAGUUCUGGUUACCAAGAACCCCCCCCAAUCCCAUCCACACCAGACAAGCCAAGUGGUUUCUUCAGCAAGAUUUUGAAAAAGCGCCCCAAGGAGGCCCACACCCCAGACAACGGAGACCUGACACACUCUCAGAUUCUCAGUGAUAAUUCAGCAGGAGGGGAAGCCUCAUCGUCUGGACACCAAUCUCGACCUCCCUCCCAGUCUCACGGGGACCGCGCUGGAAAAGGUUUAAGCCGUAACCCCACCAUUAAAAUCAGUCGCGCCACUCGGGUCUCUGAGCAGUGGAAUGCCUCGCUGGAUCGGGAGAUCACCAACGCCAAUGAACUGCGGCAGCUUGAUGAGUUUCUGGGCAACCAGGUCAAUGAUUUCCGCUCCAGAGGGAAGUCCCUGUCAGAUGCAGAGGGCAUCUUUGUAUCAGCCACCAUGCAGUUCAGAGACACUAUCAAAUCCAUGUAUUCUCUCCCAAAACCCUUGAUCGGCUACAAAGGUCUGAUGACAGGCUACCAGAACCAAGUGAUCCGCCUGGCGGGAGACCAACAGAAAGGAGAGGUCAAACUUGUAACCAACCUGUUCCAGUCGGUGCUGGAUGGCUUCAUCAGAGGAGAGAUAAAGAAGGCGGAGGCUGAGCCUGCAAAGCCUCCUAAAACAAGAAAGAAAAGGCGGAAAAAAGAUAAAAGUAUGGAGAGUCCCCUGGAUCAUGUUUUCACCAACUAUCAGGUCAACAUCAUGCAAUCAUGUGACCAGUGUAUGUCUUAUAUAUGGGGCAUGGAAAAGGCCUACAUGUGCAGCUAUUGUAAAAUGGUGUGCCACAAGAAGUGUAUCUGCAAGAUAGUGACGGACUGCUCCACCUUCUGUGCCAAAAAGAGUGACGAGGAGUCUGGUGGUCAGCACUUCGGGGUACGUGUUGGUCACCUGGUCAACGAUAAGAAUCCAGUACCCAUGGUGCUGGAGAUGAUGCUGGAGCACGUGGAGAUGCAUGGCCUCUACACUGAGGGCAUCUACCGCAAGUCUGGCUCAGCCAACCGCAUGAAAGAGCUGCACCAGCGACUAGAGACCGACCCACACCUGGUCUGCCUCGAAGACUAUCCCAUCCACACAGUGACAGGCCUGGUGAAACAGUGGUUGAGGGAGCUGCCAGAUCCACUCAUGACCUUCACACAUUAUAGCGACUUCCUGCAUGCAGUGGAACUGCCGGAGAAACACGAGCAGCUUCAAACCAUCUACAGAGUGCUGGAUGAGCUUCCAACGGCAAACUACAACACAUUGGAGAGACUCAUCUUUCACCUCGUCAUGGUUUGUAAAAACGAAGGUGCCAACCGCAUGUCCUCUAACUCGUUGGCCAUAGUGUUUGCUCCGUGUAUCCUACGCUGCCCAGACAGCGCAGACCCCCUGCUCAGCAUGAAGGACGUCGCCAAGACCACCACAUGUGUGGAGAUGAUCAUCAAUGAGCAGAUCAAACGCUACAAUGAGAAGAUGGAGGAGAUCGAGCAGCUGGAGUACGCAGAGACUCUGGCUGUAAAUCAGUUAAAACUCAAGAGAAAGAACACGCACUGCUGGCAUUUACCUCUCAGGUUCUCAGCUCCUUACAAAGGAGUGGUGAUGCACGAGAAGGCCAGCUCUGAUCUCAGCGUAGUCCCUGAGAACGAGCCUCUGGACUCAGACACAGAGGCGGAGAAGAACCUGGUGGAGCGCAUCAAGUCCAUCAAACAGGAGAAAGAGGAUCUGGCCUGUCGCCUGCCAGAAAUGGACCAGCCUGGUUCAGACCAGGAGAACUUGGACUCCGAAGCCUCGAUGAGCUCUGAAAGUCUCUUGGACGAGCAGCAGCGCUCCUCUGCCCACAGCUCAGAGCCUGAAGGAAGAGGUUGCCCUCAGAUGAGGAGAAACAGGCCAGUUUUCCCACCCAAACCAUCAGACCUGGCUCAGCGACCUAAAAUCCCCGGUGGACGCAUAUCUUUGCCAAACCUCACCCGUGCUAGCUCCUCCUCUUCUGUGUCCAGCUGCGCUUCUUCAACCUCUGAAUCCUCCUUCCGGCAUCCGCUGCAACGUCGCAACCCUGUCAUCCCAGGCACGGUUAAACUCCCCCCAGGCAUCCUCUCCCAGUCUGUAGCCUCGAGUCCUGCUCAGACUUACAUCCCUCCUGGAAGUCGAGCCUUUAAACACUUGAUGAGGAGAAGAGAGCAGCCCGGCCGUCGUAAAGACAGCACCCAGUCCCUGUACAUCGACGGCGCCGAGUGUGACCUGUUGUUGCAAUUUUCCUCUUGCCCUCCCUCCGCUUCCUCCUCCUCUUCCUCCAUCGCCUUGGUUACACCCCCUCCUCCAUACCAGCACCAUGAGACACAAGCCUCCAAAGGCCAGAGACGUUUUUCUGACCCAGACAUUCCUUAUAUGGAUGAUGACGUCUGACAAGGGCAGAGCAGAAAAGAUGUAGAAGUAAAAAGGAUUAUGGGCUGUUUGAAGCGAUGUUUGAGUUUACAGAAGGAAAAAGGUAUAAAUGACAUACAGUUGCCACGAAUGACAAUGAUUGACUUUGAAAAGCGAGGACAGAAUAAAAAUCAAGGAUCCCUGUGCAACCUCUACAUGUGGGGUGGAGAUGAGAGAACGCGUGAGGAGACACAGCGGUUCAGCUUUGUUGCUGUUGUUAGUGGAAACUAAUCAAGGAACUGCAAAUGUUUUUCUCAAGUCUUGUUGUCUUAUAUGACAGUAAAGAUAUCUGGGCGAGAUGUUGCCAAGCACCUUUUCUAUAAUUUUAAUGUAUUGAGGUUACUAGUGAUGAAUCCAUUCGCAACACAAGCGAUAUUUUCUGUAGCCUCAUUAUAACGGGCCAGCAAAUUCUUUCUCCUGUCUUUUUUUUUUUUAACACAUUUGUGCUAAUUCAAGGAAAUUUUGCAGGUUCCAGUCGCACUUUUUCCAUGUGUGAAACCCACAUGCUCACUGAAUUAUUAGUUUGUGCCUUGAUAAUGUACAUAAAGUGGAAAGAAACUCAUUUUUAUGUCAUGUUAAAUGCUUAGAGAGGGAGGGAUGGUUUUUCAGGAUGGGGGGGGGGGGAAUACCUUUUAUGUCUUACACCUAUGAGUUAAAUUGUACUGAACCGACACGACAUGUUUGAAACAAGGCCCUAAAAUGCAUGUUGUGACUGUCGUGUGUACAAGUGCUCAGUCACACCCGCUACAAUGGACAACGAGCUCUUUCCCACGUUCACCUUUGACCUGCCGCACGGCAGACAUCAGAUAGGAAGUCAUUGCCUUCACCCAGCAAAGGGAAAACGGGAGCAGCACAUGCCACUUUUCCUUUUGAAGCCACAAAAAACACACAAAAACCCAGCCACCACGCAAAAAAACGUGCCACAAUGUCUUUAAAGCUCGAAGUCCUCGACCUCAUUUUUCCUUUUCUGAACUUAACAUUGCUUCACUCGACUGUGGACAGUCUCAUAACCAGCAGGUUCGGCUGGAGCACAGCUUUGGCCAACUUACUUUGAAAUGUAAUACUAAUGUUCCUCUCUGACUGCUGUUGAAUGAUGUUUGUCUGGAUUAUGAGGAAGAUGUGUAAUGUGUAACAGAGAGUGUAUGGUUGGGACUGAAUGACGUGAACUGUAAUGGUUAUUAGUAUUAACAUGACAAUACAGAAAUUGAUGC